AUGGCUCAGCCCACACUCUCCAUCUUUUACUGCUCUUCCCUUACAAUGCCAUACUCCCCCAUACUCACACCAUCCUCUGAAAAAUAUGCACAGCUUGUUUACGAUGCAACCACACAACUCCAUGCAUCCCUCGACCCCAUCUUGUCAGCUCUGAAUCUACGUGCAAUUGGGUUCACAAAGUGUGCCAAGUUUGAUGCUGCUCUUCGCGAUGUCAAACUUAUGCAGCAACUCUCGUCUUCUUCACCUCUCGCAUACAUACGCGAAGCCAGCAUUUACAGUGAACUUGGUCAACAGCUUGACGUUAUUGAUAUUUGCGACGAAGGACUCAGUAUGGUCGAUACCAAUGAUACGCAUUAUGAUACAUUGCAGCAAAUGAAGGCUGAUGCUGAGCAACAUCUGGAAAAACGGAUUGAUUUCGUGAAGGAGCUACCUGUCGACAUUGUUAUUACAAAGCUCAUUCCCCUCUUGAUUCCCUUGUUGAGUUCGUUUCCUUUGGAUCCAUUAUAUCCAUCCCCUUAUUUGCAUGUAUCCAAUGUAUGGCGCGAUCGCAUCAUUCAAUGUUUCGAUGGAUUGUGGUUCAAGCUUGAUGAUAUUAAAGAAGAACCAGGACAGGAAACGCUUUCAGAAAUCACCCAAUUCGCUCAGCAUACAAGGUCAUUAACGGUUUACCACAAUGAUCAAGGAACAUGGCUUGGUGAUUUAUUACGAGAGAAUGACUAUUGCUCAUUGCGAAAGUUAUCCGUUGUGGAACGUAUCGAGGAGGGUAGCAUUGAGGACUUUGUCUCUUCCCUCAAAUCAGUUAGCAACACCUUGACGCAUUUUGAUAUCGGUGCCAUAUACCCGCCCAUGCGACUCUCUAUACCUAAGGUCAUAUUGACUUUUCCGAAUCUCGUUUCGCUCCGGAUAAAGUUCAAAGGUCAUGCGGAUCUCAGUGCACUUCCAAUCGCAACAUGGCCAAAGUUGACGACAUUCACCAUUUACAGGGCAGAUAAGGAGAUUACUCGUGAUGAUAUCAUUGGCAUUUGUAAACGGUUUCCAUCCCUCACGACGCUUGAACUUCACCCUUGCGAAGACAUUGAGGCGGUUCAUUUAGUCUCGCACUAUUACCCCUGGAUGAAAUACCUUCGACUUGCCGCUCAUCAUAUGGGUAUCAAUUGUGAAUUUACGAAUCAAGGAUAUGACAACAACAAGCAGCAUGGGAUCACCGAAUUUUUUGUCACGGAGUAUUGUGAGGAACCUGGCACAUUGACGACCAUCGAUUCUUUUCUAAAUCAGCACCACACGACACUCGAGAAUAUGAGAUGGGAAAUAUACCAUGGCAGCGACGUCGAACAUACGCAUGAUAUCCAAUACCCACGCCUAAAGAAGCUCUCCCUCGUCCAAUCUGGAUGGUGGGUACCAGGCAAUGCACCACGUCUUGAGGAAUUGACAAUAUCGUGGAUCAUGAUCAACAAAUGCCCUCAAGUCCUUCAUAUCAUACAACCCAAUGUGAAGAAACUCGUGUUGGAUCUUGAUCGUGAAAAAGGACUUGAAGACCCCUCAAUACUCGUGAACUAUCUCUCUCGCAUGAAUCAGCAAUCAGCAUUUUGUGAACUUGAUAUCCGCUGCAUAGAUGUGGACAACAUCGAAUCGGUGUUGGAUGCUAUCCCUAGCCUUGAUCACCUACAGCGCUUGAUGCUCUAUUUUACUACGUACUUUGAUUGGGACCAAUAUGAUAUGGAAUGGUUCUUUGAUGGGCUUGCUGAAGGAUGUCCUCGCUUAGCAUGCCUUGAGAUACAGUACUCCAAUGCGCCAUCGAUUGAUUCCAUCAAGGCUUUGAAGCAACUUGAAGGUUUCAAGCAGUUUAAUUUUUCAGUCGAAAACGCCAGCGACGAUGACGAUUUCUGGAAAGCGAUCGAAGAGUUAUCACAGCUGGAAUGUAUUCGGAUUUACCCUGGAAAUGAAGUCAACAUAGAUAUGAUUCGAUACCUCAAGACCCAAAGGCCUGACUUGGAGGUUAUAGUAGAUGCACGUUUCACACGCUUUUGA